AUGACAGUGGUGCUUCAGACGGCUUCUUAUCAAAAUCCCGGUCCCGCCGUGGGCCUUACCAUCAGGGUGAUUGGUUCCGUAGAAAAUAUAUCCUCUUAUGUUGAGGUUAUAUUUGUUUGUGAGUUCGAGGCGGAGAUGGAAAAACUCCACAUUGCAAUAGCUGGAAUCAGCGAGAUGAGGUGGGCUGGCAGUGGGGAAACAACAACAUCAGAUAGCAAUCUAGUCCUACACUGUGGCAACAGUGACGGCAAUAGAUAUGGAGUGGGAAUUUUCGUGCCCAAGCGCAUGAAAAAGGCACUGGUUUCCUGGGAACCCAUUUCUGAUAGAAUCAUGACAGCCAGGUUCAGAUGUAGAGCUGGAUACAUAAACGUUACUCAAUGCUAUGCCCCGACGGAAGACGCAAACGACGACGCCAAGGACGACUUCUAUAAUGCCCUUACAGCAACCCUCAGUAAGCUACGGCAAGGUGACACUAACAUCCUCAUGGGUGACUUCAAUGCAAAAAUUGGCCCCAACAACACCGGACUAAGAUCUGUCAUGGGCCAGCAUGCAACUGGGACUCGCAACGAUAACGGAGAGAGAUUAGUGGAACUCUGCCAGCUAUUCCAACUGGUCAUCGGCGGCACAAUAUUCCCACACAAAGAUGUCCAAAAAUACUCUCCAAGUGGUAAUACGCGCAACCAGAUCGACCACAUAUGCAUUAGCAGGAAAUGCAGACACUCGCUACUGGACGUACGGAACAAAAGGGGAGCAGCCAUAGACAGUGACCAUGAGUUUGUCAUUGGAGAACUUUCAAUAAAGCUCAACCGCAACCACUCAAGGAACACUGGCAACAGUCAACACCGGCGAGCGCCCCCUCUGAACCUGCACCUCCUUAGCGACUACUACUACUCUGAAGACGAGAAGCUGAUCCCCCUAGAAGACCACCCAUGGGAGCACACCUGCAGGCAACUAAGGACCACGGCGGAGGAAAUACUCGGCCUGCAACAACGCGGAAGAUCGGACUGGAUAUCUGAAGGGACCUGGGACCUGAUUAGAAGGAGGAACCACCUGAAGCCUCUGACGGACCAGCUCAUACAGUACCGUGAGGAGUAUCACGGACUAUGCAGAGCGGUUAAAAGGUCGGCCAGAAAGGACAAAAGAGCAGAGCUAGAUAGACUUGCGGCAGACGCAGAACGAGCAGCCGGCGAGAACAACAUGCGCUCGCUAUACCAGCAGAUUGCACGAUGGCGCCAACACUUCAUGGGAAUUAGCCACACCACAUCACCAAACGUGGCCAUAGACUACAGGAGUGUUGUGCCGCCAAGUGGGAGUAGCAGGAUACCCUCUGCACCCCCGAAUGUAAGAGAAAUCGUGAAUGCAAUAAAGAAGCUGAAUCACAACAGGGCAGCUGGCGAAGACAACAUACCAGCCGAAUUGCUUCAAGUUGACACCCAACUGAUGGCUGAAAUAUUGCAUCCACAUCUCUCACGCAUAUGGGAAGGCGAGACGGUGCCAGCCUCCUGGAAAAGCGGAAUCAUUGUGAAACUUCCCAAAAAAGGCGACCUUAGUGACUGCAACAACUGGAGAGGGAUAACACUGCUCAACACCUGCUACAAGGUCUUAGCUACACUUCUGAACGAACGCCUCCAGGAAAAAAUUGAGCCAACAAUCCGAGACGAACAGGCAGGCUUCAGACCAUACAGGAGUUGCUGGUGGAUGAAGAUGUCUCCAGUCGUCUUGGCAAAGCCCGCUCAGCAUUUGGGAGAUUAUACCGCAUAUGGAGAGACCGACAAAUCAGCCGACGAACAAAGAUCAGGAUCUACAAUGCGUGUGUGA